AAUAAAUCAGGGUUGAGGCAACAGCAGGGCGUUUCUAAAUAUUAAGAGCUGCAGAGAGAGAGAGAGCAGAGGAGGGGACGAACCUACACUAAACAUGGAAGGGAACUAAAGUAGCAAAUUGAUUGUCUGAACUACUGGAAACAGGAAAGGGCUUUCUGGUGGAGCAAGGAAGUACUAAAGGAAGUGAUUGGUAGCUGAGUUGGACGAGAUCUGCCUUUGCCAAGAGGAUCGGUUCAAGCCACAACACUCAUGAUUGCUCUUGCAUCGGAAGCAUCCAGCUACAGCAGAGCCACAAGUACCGCAACCAAGCAGCCGCCUGGUCUUGUUAAUAUUUCAUCGCUUCUUAAUGGCUACUGAUGUUUCAUUCUGAUUUACUGAGCCCUCAAGCCAUUACCAACCUAUAUCAGAUUUACAUCAGACCCGCCGCAGUGCUUUAACAUCAAACCCGCAGCUACAACAGGUCACAGCUGCCUCAUUCAUUAUUGACACCACUUUACAUCAUAUUGUAGUUGCACACAUCCACAAACAUCCAACAGAGAGCGAGAGUUGACCCCGCCGCCGCCGUGAACUCAGGAUGGAGGAGCCCAUUUGCGCUACAGGCAUGGCCGCCAGGCUGAGGAGCCAGUGGGAUCACGAUGCAGGUCUGGGACAGAACCACAACGCCGUGAAGUUUCUGGGUCAGGAUUAUGAGCGUCUCAAAGCCCAGUGCCUCCAGAGCCGGAAACUGUUUGAGGAUAAUCUGUUCCCCUGUGCUGCGUCAUCUCUGGGAUUCGACGAGCUCGGCCCGAGAUCCGCCAAGACCUCCGGAGUCCGCUGGAUGAGGCCCACGGAGUUCUGCCAACGCCCGGAGUUCAUCGUGGACGGAGCUACUCGCACAGACAUCUGUCAGGGCGCUCUAGGGGACUGCUGGCUGCUGGCAGCCAUCGCGUCGCUGACUUUAAACGACAACCUCCUUCACCGAGUGGUUCCUCAUGGACAGAGUUUCAGGCAGGGAUAUGCCGGCAUCUUUCACUUCCAGUUCUGGCAGUUUGGCGAGUGGGUGGAGGUGGUGAUCGAUGACCGGCUGCCAGUGAAGGAUGGGAAGCUGCUGUUCGUCCACUCGGCAGAGGGCACCGAGUUCUGGAGCGCACUGCUGGAAAAGGCCUACGCUAAGUUGAACGGCUGUUACGAGGCUCUGUCUGGCGGCAGCACGUCAGAGGGCUUUGAGGACUUCACAGGCGGCGUGACGGAGAUGUUCGAGCUGAGGAAAGCCCCGCCUGACCUCUACAACAUCAUGAGCAGGGCCAUAGAGAGGGGAUCUCUGCUGGGCUGCUCCAUAGACAUCACCAACACAAGAGACAUGGAGGCCGUCACAUUCAAGAAGCUGGUGAAGGGACACGCCUACUCCGUGACCGCUGUGGACGAGGUGGUAUACAGAGGAAAUAUGACCAAGCUGGUUCGCAUCAGGAACCCCUGGGGGGAAGUGGAAUGGACCGGAGCCUGGAGUGACAACUCCAGAGAGUGGGAAAAUGUGGAUCGCUCCGUCAGAGGUCGGCUACAAAACCGCAGCGAGGAUGGAGAAUUCUGGAUGUCGUUCAGUGACUUCCUGCGCGAGUUCAGCCGCCUGGAGCUGUGCAACCUGACGGCAGACGCCCUGCAGAACAGCCAGAUGAAGAAAUGGAGCUCCUCGCUCUAUCAGGGAGAGUGGAGGAGGGGCAGCACUGCCGGAGGCUGCAGGAACUACCCAGCGACCUUUUGGCUCAACCCUCAGUUCAAGCUUGUGCUGCAGCACCCGGACACCCCCGGCAAAUCAGACUGCAGCUUCCUGGUCGGUCUCAUGCAGAAGGACCGCAGGAAGAAACGGCGGGAGGGCAAAGACAUGGAGACCAUCGGGUUUGCCCUCUAUGAGGUUCCAAAUGAGUUCAAAGGCAGCUCAGGCGUUCACCUGAAGCGAGAUUUUUUCCUCACCCACGCCUCCAGCGCCCGCUCGGAGCUCUUCAUCAACCUGAGAGAGGUCAGCUCGAGAUUGCAGCUGCCGGCCGGGGAAUACGUGAUCGUCCCCUCCACGUUCGAGCCGCACAAAGAGGCCGACUUUGUCCUCAGGGUUUUCUCGGAGAAGCCCGCCGACUCUGAGGAGCUUGAUGAUGACGUUAUAGCCGAACUUCCAACAGAGCCUCUGUUGGACGAGAGCCAGAUCGACGCAGGCUUCAAGAAUCUCUUCAGACAGCUGGCGGGGCCGGACAUGGAGAUCAGUAUCGCAGAGCUGCAGACCAUAUUGAACAGGAUCAUCAGCAAACAUAAAGACCUGAAGACAGACGGCUUCACAAAAGAGGCCUGUCGCAGUAUGAUAAGCCUCAUGGACAAAGACGGCAGUGGAAAGCUCGGCCUGUCAGAGUUCCAUGUCCUCUGGGAAAAGAUUAAACGAUACCUGACUAUAUUCAGGCAGUUCGACUUGGACAAAUCGGGCACCAUGAGCUCCUAUGAGAUGAGGAUGGCUCUUGAGUCUGCAGGUUUCAAGUUGACCAACCACCUGUUCCAGCUGAUCAUCCUGCGCUACACGGAGGCCGACAUGACUGUCGACUUUGACAACUUUGUCACCUGCCUGGUCAGGCUGGAGACCAUGUACAAUACCUUUCAGACCAUGGACACGGACAAAGACAAAGUCAUAAGCCUCAACUUCCCUCAAUGGAUUACCCUGACCAUGUUUGCCUAAAGAUGAGUGGACUCCUCUGUUACUGUUGCACUGCAUCCUGCUGCACCUCCAGGCCCAGUACGUUGUUGUUUCAGAAGUGCCUUUUUCUGCCUACUCCCCUCCACGCAGCUCGCUGCUGAGGCCCUCUGAUGCUAAAAGACUGUAAAUUCAUCUUUACGGUGCCUAUAUUGGAAAAAAAAUAAUGUGCCAGUCUUUUAUUUGUCACCUUUUCCAACAAAGGGAAGCUCAUUUCUUGUGGCCUGGCUGUAGCACUGUGAGCUAGGUAGGCAGAGCUACUCUCGGGGGUCAGAAAUAUACUUAUUGGUUAAAUUUCAGUGGGUGGAGACAAAAAGUUCCACUUUUUUGUCGGGAUAUGUAGCUUACUUGGUAGAAAAAAAUGGACUCAAGCCAUCGAUUUUCCCUCCAAAAAUUCCCUCCAUUCUGCAGCUACCACAUUUCAGAAGACCUAACCUGACUUAUGAGUAAGUAAAUAAAUGAAUUAGCUAGUCAAAUACGUUUUAUACACACUUAUAAACACUUUGUGAAGAAGUAUAUAAAAUGGACAAAGGAAUUGAGAGGAAAAUAUUUAUUAAUUUCACAAUUUUUACUGUCAUUUUAAGGGUUAGCAGGAAUUAGCUGCCAUCAUAUUAUUAGCAGUUCCCAAGCUUAACAAAGACUUGAUUUAACUCUGCCUAAAGAGUCUGGUUUGGUUCUUCAUCUUGACUGAGGUAGUCAAGAUUUCUAAACUAUGUGAAGAAAAGUUUAAAAAAAGUUGCCAAAAAAGCUGUUUUUGCCGUUUACGUUACACUGUAGCUCAACCAAUAUGAUUAUUUUUGCUCUGUUAUAUCUAUACAAUCAAAGUAUUUGUCUCUAGAGUUGUCUCUAGAGCCAACUGGGACAUUUUAAAUCAAUCGGCGUUUUACUUUUUUAAAUGGUGUUUUUAUCGGGAAGUGGCUAUAAAUGAUCAUUCAUGAAAUGUAUUCAUGAAAAGCUGUAAGGGAAAAUAAUAUUUUUAGACAGUUUUUUUAUUAAAUCAAUCAAAAAAUGCCAGAUGAAGUCAAUGUGAAGAGCUGUUGAGUGUGCCAGCUUGUUCCUCAGCCUGCGUGGUAAUGCCCCACAUUUACUCCGUAUUAAUGUGGGUAAAAUGUAUCUCUACGCUGCCUUUGUAGCGACGUAGGCCAGCCUGCCACUUUCUGUUUACAUCUCGUGCCAAACUUUUCUUUCACCUCGGGCAUCGAGGGUCGAGUCGUGAAGCUUCCCUGGGCUCCGCAGUGCAGAGACAACGGUCGGUGGUGUAUCAUAGAGAAUGUGUUUCUUUAAAACUAAUCCUGUUUAGCUUUAAUACCUGUACCGGCUCAUCAUUAUGCAUGGCACAUAUUAAAAAAAACAAAAACUUUUGUAUCAUAGUUGGAACUGGAUGUCACAGUGGUUUAAAAUCAGCCUUGCUUAUUCUUGCCUUUCAACGGGAACAAGGCCACGUCAGUACUGGUGCAGGUAAACAAUUAUGCAAGACGGAUGGAUAUGUUGUAUGCAUGCAGUGUGAAUUGUGAUAUAAUGUCUGCCUGCUUAAUGUCUGUUCAGCCCGGGGAGCAAGUGUUUUAUUUUUACUAAAGUAAACUUACUAAAGAGUAUUUCAAAAUAAAAUGUCACUUUUAGGAAAAAGAAGAAGCCUUUGAAAAUGGAGGAUCUCGAUGUAACGUUGACUUGCGAGUGUUUCAAACACCAAAAUUGUUUGUUCGGCCAAUUUUUUGAAAAUGAAAUUUGAAAUCAUUUAAUCCAUACGCGACUGCCAAGCCCUGAAAUUUGCGAUACUUCCAGCAAUGCCAGCAUUCAUGUCUUCAGUUUUCGCAGCGUAAUGCUUAUAUAACGUUACCUAAUGUUUACACAAGUAACAUUCUGGGUCUCUUUGGACCCAUUCAUCGUACAAUGUGUUGGUUUACUGUGUGGUGUCUCUGUAAAACUUCUAUACUCACUUUGAAAAUAAACACGGGAAUGUUUUCAUGA